UUCAGGAGACUGGAGUGUGCGAGUGGCGGUGCGUGAGGCAGGUUGUGGUGUGCGGGAUGUGCCUAAGGAGUCAUUAAGCCCAUAGUUCCCUCGCAAGGAGCCAAAGACUUGCCCAGUAGCCACAAAGUGAAGGUCGUGUGGGUAGUGGCGAGUGGCAGAGUCGUGGUGCAGUGGUGGGCGCGUCGUGUGGUGGGCGCGGCGAGAGUGGCGGCGGCCUGGCAGAUGGCGGCGCCUCCUGGCCUCUAUUGAUAUACCACGCCGCCACCCUCAGACCACAGCAUGAGUGGAGAAGGAGGGGAGGAAGACAAAGUGGUGACCACAGAGACCACAUCCCCUGCUUCUGUUAGUGCAUCCACCACCACCACCACCAUCACUACAGUCAUUAACACCACCUUCAGCACUGCUGGCACCACACAGUCCCCUGACACCUCACAGCCGACACUUCCCCCACACUCAUCCUCAUCCACAACCACAGCCCCUACCUCUCUUGGGGAGGUUGUGUCCUUAUCAUCCAAUACAACAUCAGCAUCAUCAACACCAUCAACAACCACCACUAUCACAACUGCUACCACACUUUUGCCAGCACCUGUCACUCUUGUCUCAUCUUCAUUCACGUCAACAACCACAUCCACGUGUCUUACAACAACACCAACACCAAUAGCAAUAUGUAAGGGUAAAUCUGAAGAGGAAGAGGCAGAAGAAGAGGAAGGCACAGCUGAUGAACCCUGCACUUCAUUGGAAAAGGUUCACAUUUCUUCAGAGCAACUUUCAGUUAUCUCAAAGGAAGAAUUAGCAGAAAAGUGGUUGCUGCAAGAAAAAUUCAUUGAGAGUUUACAAGGCAGAAUAGAUGCACUGGAAAGAGAAGUGGAGGAGCUGCGGGGCGCCCGGGAGAAUGAGGAGCGACUGAAGGGGCAACUGGCAGAGCUGCAGCGCAAAGAACAGUACCACAUCAUGAGGCUUUCCUGUAAGGAGCAUGAACUUCAGGAAAUGGGGGCACAAGUGCAGGAGCUUAAGAACAUGUCUGCUGGAGUUGGGGGCCUUAAGCACUGCCUGCUGGAUCCUGCUGUCAACCUUCUCUUUGAGAGGCUCAAACGAGAUCUGGACUCUGCACGCGCCAAGAUGGAGGAGACCCAGAGUGAACUGUCAGCCUGGAAGUUCACUCCCGAUAGUAACACUGGGAAGCAACUGAUGGCCAAGUGUCGCCUCCUCAUCAAGGAGAAUGAGGAGCUUGGCCGCAUGAUCACCUCAGGACGACUGGCAAAGCUAGAAGGUGAUCUGGCACUGCAGAGGAAUUUUAGUGAGGAACUUAAAAAAUCUCAGUCAGAACUUGAUGAAUUUCUGCUGGAGAUGGAUGAAGACACUGAGGGUAUGCAAGGGACCAUUUACUACCUCCAACAACAGUUAAGGCAAGCUAAGGAGCGUAUAACUCAACUGAAUUCCCAGUUAGCAUUGACUCAUACCCCAGACACUCAAUCUACUGAUGAGGGGAGUGCACCUGUGGUUAUGGAGGCAGGAAGUGAAUUAAACAAUGAGGCAGAACGGACAGAGGAAAGAACAUUGGUGCCACAACCCAAUGGUGAUGCUCCCCAUGAUGAGCCUCAGACAAAUGAUCAAUCAUCAGCUGUGGACACAACUGGAGUUAAUCUACUAACUAAUGGGCGAAAACGGACGCAGAGUGAAAUUGACGAUGGUUCAGAAUUAGCUGAUAGUCAGGAUGCCAGAGAAGACAAUGUUGUUGAGGUUGAGGGGUUGCCUCCACAAAAACGGACAAGAACUGAUGGUGGAGAAGGUGAGGGAGAGGAGGGUAUCUUACCACUAAUGGAAAAUGGUGUAAUGGAAUCAGAGUAGGGUUUCCAGGAUUUAAGACAGGGAUAAAUCCCAACCAGACCUCUCACACUGACCCUUCCUGUGGCGAGUUUUGUUGGCCCACUCCUGUCUGCUUCUCCGGCCCAGCAGUCUCUUUGCACUACCAUAACUGUCCAAAUUUUGUAUAGACAAGGUAUCAUUUUUGUAUAGCUGUUUAAAACUCAGUGGUGACAACACUUACAGACCUUGCUUGACUGGCUGGAGUUGGCUGGUUACCUUUAUAAGUCCAUGAUGUCACAAAGGUGCUCCAACCUCCAUGCCAAAAAAAAAAAAAAAAAAAAAAUGGCCAUUCUCCAGACAUUAUUGAUGUGGACUCAACUGGCACAUAGCAUUUCCAGUUCUACAGUGCUGUGUAAGUGUUCAUGUCCUUAAGUUUUAAGAUUUUAUUACAACUUUGGAAACUUUUAUUUAUCAGUUCAGUAUUGAGGUUUUGUAUAGUAAAUUCAAAGUUUGACAUUUAUUGGUUGAUAUUUUAAAUUCAUGCAUUUUCUGGUUUUUGUUGUUGACUCUUAAGUCUGGCAUGUAUUUUUAAAUAUACUUUUACAGAAAAACAGGACAUUGUUUAUAUUUAAUUUGUGCAAUUGAAUAGUGAAUAGAAGUCUUUGUACAGACAGCAUCACCAACUGGAAGUGUAUUUUUGCUUAUGCUUGGACCUCUUCAUCUCUAGCUCAUUGCCUGUCAGUUUUGUUUAUUUAUUUUGUUAUAUUUUUUUUUUAUUUGUUUAUUACAUACAAUUGUUUUAUUCAAAUGAAUUGUUUUGUUUCAUUGCAAUUCCAUGGUAAGUGGUCAUAACACUUAUUUUGGUCUAAAAAUGUUGUUCUAUCAUUUCCAAUGCAAACUCCUACCAAACAUAAAUGCAAAUUUUGAAAUUGGAUUACAUUCACUAAGUAUUCUAAUAAUUUCUUCUAAAAAACAAGUCAUGCAAGGCUGUCUACGUUGCAUGUAACUCAUCAGCACUGUGUUGGUUGAAUGUGUAAGAAUUGUAAAUAGCAGGAUGCAGCAUGUGAAGCUGUGUGUUCCCCUUGUCAUCAUAAGGGCUGCUUCAUUCUGUAGGAUGUCAGGCUCACGGUUCUUGAUGUUGAAAAUUGUCACUUGGUACUGAAUUGACAGAUGUUGGAAAACUCUUCAUUUGAAGUAUAUAUGUGUGCAACUUUUGGAAAAAUGUGAUUGUUUACUUAUUUAUAGCUGUAACAUGUGACACUCAAGUUUCUCAAGUUUUAGAGCAUUUUUGCUUUAAUUUACAAAUAGAAAUAGUAUUAGCAACAAACGUCAAUUUCAACUUCAAGAUUUACGACUUGCAUACUGUGUGUAUAUGAAGCAAAAACUGUAGCUAAGUGUUUUGAAAUAAUACUUUGGCCAGAGAAUAGCCUUGAUUGUAAUAUAAUUGAGGUCAGCUCACAUGGAGAACGUACCACCAUCUAUAGAAUACAGAAUCUUGGCAUUGCUAGUCUUCAUUUGGACUAGACCAAAUUGACCUGAUCCCCAUUUUAAGAGUACAAGAUAAUCUAAUUUUUCAGUAAACGUACUGCAAACAUUUAAUUACUGUAAACUUAUGGCUGUGAAAAAUGAAUGAGUGCAUGGAAAGACAUACACCAUAUAUUUGUCAUUUUGCCUCUUCCAAUUUUAAGUUGACCAUAAGUAUUACAGUUUAUUUUGCCAAUGAAUACAGAAUUCUAAGUACUCUUGUAUCAGUAAAUUUCCAAAUUGUAACUGUAGUCUGUACUUCCAAGUGCAGUAUAUCGAAAGAAAGAGAGAAACUCCAGCUAUUUUUAUUUUGAUAUUUAUUAUGAAAUUGUAUAUCAGCAUUCAUGAUUCAUGUCUUUCCAUACUACCAUACAUAUUUAUUUGAAAUUUUUAGAAGAACCAUUCCUUAGACAAUGGUAAGAAAGCAUGCAGACUAAGCAAACUUGGAAUAAUGUACAUGUCAUUAUGUAACAUCUCACUGGCACAAAGUUGAAAUAUGUUAGGAAAAUCAGUAUGCCCAUAGUUAUGGAUAAAGGUAAAAUCAAUAUGCCCAUAGGUGUGGAAGACACUGAUUGGCUAAAAUUCAUCCUUGGAAGAUGAAAAGACAAAACCCCACACAUUCCUUUGCGUUAUAUUGUAUUUUUCCCUUGAGCCAGUGUGGCAUGCCCUUUAUAUCAGUUGGUUCUCUCUCUCUCUCUCUCUCUCUCUCUCUCUCUCUCUCUCUCUCUCUCUCUCUCUCUCUCUCUCUCUCUCUCUCUCUCUCUCUCUCUCUCUCUCUCUCUCUCUCUCUCUCUCUCUCUCUCUCUCUCUCUCUCUCUCUCUCUCUCUCUCUCUCUCUCUCUCUCUCUCUCUCUGAUUUUAACAACAAAACUGGCUUACUCUUGCUUCCUUUCAUUUUACAUCCAAAAAUAUUCUUGAUGCAUACUUUUUUGAGGGCGAGGGGGGUGCUAUUUAACCACUUUCAUGGUGAUGUGGAAUCUCGCAGCAAAAGAAUACAUGUAUACACAAAUUCCCUACACAUCAGAGGCGAUAGGAUUGUUGGAUUUCAGUGUGUAUAUGUACAUAUACACACUGGCUUUCACCAGAUAAUUAACAAGGUUACAAAUGCAUUUCUUUAUUUAUUCUGUGUAUGCCAAUAUGGUUACAGCAUGAGAGGAGGCAAAUCCACAUUGUGUCUGUGAGUAUUCAAGUUCAGAUUUCUUUCUUUUGAGACAAAUACAUAAAUAGCUAUACACUAACAGUAGAUGAAAAUUAGUAUUCUGUUUGAUUCUGUUAUGUAUGUGUAUGGUCCUGCAGGAGGAGAGUGCAGCGAAUGUCAUUCAUGUGUGGAGUGCUGGCUGCCAUAUCACAAGGUGAUUCAAUAGAUUUGGUAUAGACAUGUAUACCAUUAAUCCUUGCUUAUUGCAGUUCAUGAUUCCAUAAAUGUAGAGCAAAUUUCUAUUCUCAACAGUGUCUGAUCCUGACUUGCAUUCUGAUAUCUUGUCUUUUGUUAAGGCCGGUAAUGACAAUUUAUACAGUUCUAAAUACAUAUGAAGUUUGGUAUAACUUUGAACCAAAUGAUUUGAUCAGAUUAGGAUGGACCUCUCAGAGACUUCAAGGCUGCAUCACUCCUAAGCUGCUCUCUGUUCAUUUUUUUCCAUUGCCAGUCAUUUUUCAUUGCUUUGCAAACAUCAUGCCUGCAUUGAAUUCAUGCUACCUGAUGCUUGCUCCAUGGAACAUUCCUAAAGAAGAUGGUCAUAAUAGGGUUUGACAAAGCAGAAUCAACACCGCACAAAGAGAUGGAAAGUGGACUGGGAUGAUUGUGGUCAUAAAAAGGCUUUAUGCUACAGCAAUAAUAACUUGAUCAGUAGCACAUCAGGGUGAGACACCACAAUGUUUCAAAACCAAAACAAGCAGUGUUCACCUCAAAUCACAGCAGUUCAUAUCCAUUUAAUAUGCCUGUGAGUAGUGUCUAGGAUUUCUCCAUUGCCCACAACAGACCACCAAUGCAAGAAGUUUAUGCAAAGUUGGAACAAUAUGGAAACACACCUUAGAGUACCCCAGAUAAAAUUAUAGCACCACCCAGGCAGCUUGGAUUACUCAUAUCUGAAUUUAUCCACAAUACUUUAUCCUCUGUGGACAAUUUGCAACUAUCAUUAUAUUUGCAGAAACCCAACUAAUCUUUAGGAAGCAAGUCAAUGCUGCCCAGCAAGUCCUCAUCCCCACUUGGAAAACAGGGGAAAAUGAGUUUUAUCAUAUCUCCUGUCCAGCACCACUCUUAGAUUGAAUAUAGGGCAAAGAGAGAAAAUACAUGACAUUGUAUGGAUCAGUAAAGCACACCAAUUCUGACUGCUGUAAGAGACAAGCCACUAGUACAAUUCUGUCUACAUACCCAAACCAUGAAAUCCCUCCUUGUUCUGCCCUGCUCAAAUGGCAUUCUUGCAAACAAGCAAGGUGGAACAUACAUAAAACAAAAAAAUCAAGAGAAUUUACACACCAAUAUGUGAAGUCUAUAAUAUAAACUUUUACACACGAAGUCCCCACUAACUACUUUUACAUAUUAGUGAGGUGCAUUAUGUGUUCUGUUCCCUGCAUCACAGUCUGAAUAGAAUUGAUUGAUUACAACUACACCAUGACAGAUUUUUCUCCUUCAGUUCUUGCACCUGAUGAGACCAAACAUGGGUAAACUACCCAUAAAACCCCUGAGUUGCAUGUAAAUAUCCAAAACAGAUGUUCACCCACAUCAUUCACAGCUAUUCUUUGCUCUAGUAAUUCCUCUUGCAUCUUAAAUCUUAUUAAACAUCAGAUCCACUUAUUCUUUUCAUCAACCACACCUCCCAUUACCUGCUUGGCUUGGUCAAUCACUCCUCCACACUGGUGCUUCAUUGUAACUCAUUUCUUUAUUCAUUCAUGAUAUUCCACAUACUCCUCAGACACUUCAUCCAAACAAUCUACAAAACACUUUUCUCUUCACAUUUCUCAUGCUUCAUUCAUUAUAAAUCUCAUCUCUGUUUCUCCAUCUACUGGAAUUUGAAAGCCCAGACAUUUGAAAUAUGUUCAAUUUGAGUCCCCUAACCAUUAGUUUUGAAUGUAUUAGUUUGCACACUAAAGACACUUUCAUUUGACUGGAAAGUAUAUAUCAAAACUUUUACCAUUUUCUAGAAGAUAACCUAAUUAAAUUAUGAAUAUGAACAGAAAACUUCUUUUGCAAAUUAUUAAGUGUACAUGUGUUGUGAUGUGUAGCAGCAAGAGUUCCAGUCUGAUUUAAUAAUUAAAAUUAUUUUUCUGGACUCUAUGUUAUACUCACCAUUUUCUCACAAGCCUGCUCCAACUUUGUGACACCUUUGUCAUGAGCUGUAUAUUUUGGUCAAGAGUGGAAAGAAAAGAUUUCAUUGUUAUAGCUAUAUCUUGUUUGUGAAAAAGAGAUCAAAAUGAAAACUGGUGUGAAGAGAGAGGUAUCUGAUAAAAGCUGGUCAAAGAAAGGGAUUGACAGUAUAGGAUACUCAAUUGUCAGAGAAAUUCAACAAAAGCAACCUCAUAGUUGGGAGUUAUUUUAAUUCAAGAGACACCAUGAACUGCAUAUACAAGAAAAUGCAAGAAGUUAAGCAUUUCUUUUCAGUGCAACACGAAGAUUGGCAUGUGGAGCUGUAGUGUGCUCUCAAUAUAUUCCAAGAUGUGAACAAAACAAUUGAAUGCAUCAAACUUAUCAGUGAAGGUGAUGCCAGUCCAAGCUACCUAGUGAAGAUCAGUGACAAAACCUUCCAUCACAUAUAUUAUAAAAAUUAGAGGUUUAGUAGUGUUUAGAAUGAUAAUUAUACGUAUAAUGUUUGGAUAGAGAAGACUCUUUGGGGAAGAAUAAGGAAUGACUUAAGUUUGCUUCAGUAUAAGAAAGGUUAGGUGUUAGAUACCAAAUGAAAAUAAUUUUACUUAGAAAGAAAUUUAGAUCAAGAAUGAUUUGAAGAUGAUGAAAGCAGAUAACAUUUAUUACAUUGAAAUAAAAGUGGACAAAUGAAGGUUUUGGUGUACAGUGAAAGAAGUACUUGUAUAUAAGUUCAAGUUUGCCUAACACUGCUGCAUAGGAGACGUAUCUUCACCUGUCAAGUGUAGAGAAAACACUUAAUUGAUAAAAAAGGAAAUUUUUUGUAUUUAUAUCCAGCUAUUUUCCAAAGAGCACUCUCCCCAAUGCUGAGGUCCUUGACUCUGCUCCUCCCUAACAUUGUCUCCAUCCUAUUCUUAGUCAUCUUUUCUGUGUUUCACUUUAUAAUAUGGACAUACAGUUGUGUUCAAUCUUUCCUUCCAGUGCUUUCAUCAGAAUUAUCAACUACAGUGAUUUUUCCUUAAUCAGUCAUGCAAAGUCCAUGUUUUGCAGCCAUAUCACACAGUUUGAAUUACUGUUGACUCAGACAUUUCUUUUAGAAUUCCCAGUCCUUGCCAUUCCCACUCUGAAUUUCUAACAUUUAUAGCCAUAGAACUUCCUACAUCAGCAUCCAAAUUCAGAAAUGGAACCUCAACUCCCCCCCUCCCUGCUUUUGCAUAUCACAAAUGAGUAGUGUACCAGUACUCAAAUUUUGAUGCUUGCUGCUUCUCACCAUUUUACUGUUUGCUAUAUUCACCUUCACAUCCUUUUUCUCACAUAUGUACUCUCUCUUAACUGUUACUAAAUCAUGAAAUUUGUGUGUGUGUGUGUGUGUGUGUGUGUGUGUAUAUAUAUAUAUAUAUAUAUAUAUAUAUAUAUAUAUAUAUAUAUAUAUAUAUAUAUAUAUAUAUAUAUAUAUAUAUAUAUGAGUUGCUCUGUGGGAGAAUGAUCCAAGUGCCAUCCCCAGUGUAAACGUGUAUUCUCGCGCAAAUGGGAGUUCAAGGCAUCCUCUUCCAUUAGAUGUUGCAUAGACUAUUCUCUCUCUGUAUGACAAUAAGGUCUAAACUUUGAUUAAAUAUUGUGUAUGUAAUGGAAGCAGAUGCCUUGAGCUCACAUUUGCGCAAGAAUACAUGUUUUCAGUGGGGAUGGCGCUUGGAUUGUUCUCCCGCAGAGUAUCUUGUGUAUAUAUAUAUAUAUAUAUAUAUAUAUAUAUAUAUAUAUAUAUAUAUAUAUAUAUAUAUAUAUAUAUAUAUACACACACACACACACACACACACACACACACACAUACAGUUUCAUUAUUGUACUAAAGUGUGGUUCUCUGAAAAGUAUACUUCACAGCUACAUUAAUCUUAUCACCAUUCUUUAUGUUGUCAAGAUGGUGAUGCUCAGUGCCUAGGUUAUGGCUGUGGAUGUGUGGAGCAGCCUCUGCUUCUGGUAUUAUAAUUGACAAUUAUAACCCUGAAUUUAUUUGAUACAGUUUUGAAGUCAAUCUAAUCUCAGCGUGAUUGGUACCAGACCAGACCACGUACGAGUAUGUAUGAUGAUGGACACCGAAGUUAAACUGGAUGUUGUGUUUUAGAGGUGAAGGAAAUGGAAGGUGACUUUUUGGAAUGCCCUACAUAUCAUACUAUGGUCAUUACCCUGUCCCACUUGGGUUGCCUUUUUGUAAAUGUUUUCAAUGAAAUGCAUAUCUUACUGGUUGAACCCCUGUCACACAAUGGCACAUGAGGUAUGCUUGAUGUAUUCAUCCAUUUACUAACAAUAGUAACCACUAGAAGGACACACUUCAGCCAUUUACAUUUACAUUAUUUUGAAGAAAUAUAUAUGCUGUACAUACAUUUAGUUUCUAAAUUAUAGUGUGUGUGUAUGUGUGUGUGAGUGUGUGUGUGUGCAUGCAUGCAUGCGUGCACAUGUGUGCAUAUGUGCAUAUGUGCAUGCUUGUGUGUAUGUGUGUGCAGGUAUUCACUUAACUUGCAGGCAUGCAUACCUGUAUGUAUACUUGAUUCAAUAUGUGCACAUAUAUAUGUAUGCUUACAUACAUAAAGAUGAAAUGCUAAAUUUACUUGAUUUGCCAUUUUGAAUAAAGAUUUAUAGGUACAAAUAUGCCUUAAAAAUUCAGAAAGUUUGUUUGAAUGAGGUGAUAAGUAAAGCUGUGCUUUGUGGUGUGCGUUCAUGCAGAGGAUACCUUGAAACAUUGCUGUGAUCACAAGUACAGUACUUCAUGAAAGUCUUGAAUAGUUUAGAAAUUUAUUUAAUUAUUGUAUGCAUCAAGAAAAUUUUAGAUAUGUGUAAGUAUUGCAAAUCAGGUUAGAGCAUGUAGUACAAAAUUUCAUCAUUUAUGCAUGGAAUGGGUUACUGUAUUGCAUUUCAUAAAACAUUUACAUCAUAUAUUUUUCAAUUAUUUGCUUAUAAGUGCUUAUUCUGUGAGUGAAGCAUUUGAAUUUUAUGUCCAAGUAUUCACAGAAUCUUAAAAUCAAAUCAAAAGCAUUUAUGUAAAUGAUUUUUACUUUUCUCUCCAGCAAAUCACCUAUUCAUUAAUCUGUGGAAGAGAUGAAAAACAAAACAAACUACAUCAAGCUUCAGUGUGUCUGUUUGGGUCCAUGCAAGAAUAUGAAAAAUAUACUGCACUUGGAAAUUAUUAUUAUAUCUUACUGUGUGGUGGUUUACAUGAUACAUCCUUGUAUUUCUUUCUUUAGAUUACAAUUAGCUCCACAUUAUGAGUAUUUGAGGGUAGGAACUACAGACUAUGUUAUGGUUUAUUUCACUGUAAGAGUAACAUCAUAUUGGUUUAAUAGAAGUCAUGUUUUUCAUUAGGUUAACAACUUCAAUCUUUGAACACAGGAAAAUUAUCUAAAACAAAAUUGUUACAGAAAUUGCUAUUUGAACAUAAGGUUGACUUUGCUUAUUGGAAUUGGUAACGAAAGCAAGCAGGCCUCUGCUGGGACGAGGAGGAAGGAGGAAUAUUGUUUUUCAAUGAGUGUGACAUUUGCAAGAGUGUGGUUGAUGUAGUCAGUAUGUCAUGCAAUAGUCUGGAGAUUGCUCAUUUUGUUCUUGGUUAACACUCCAGUUUUUAGUUAAGAUUUAACCACUAUUUGAAAAUUGCAGGUACAAAUAAAUAUUAUUCUUUAUUCCUA